UCUGGAGACAUUCAGUUGGUUGGUUCCUUGUCCAGAGAAGAGCCUCCUCUGGGUGAAUGAGACAGGAAGUGAGCUGCUUGGUGAAGGUGUUGGGUUCAAGUCUGGAGGACAGACUGGCUGUGAUUCUUAUCUCACUGUGAAGCUUCAGAUCAGCAACAACAGAACAUACACCUGCCAGUUUGUUAAGAACAACACAGUGGAGAUAGAAACUCACUACACACCUGAGUUUGAAGUUAUCAGGGGAGAAGGAGUCCAUAUCUACCACAGAGCUGGAGAUGAUGCUGUUCUGUCCUGUAAAAGACCUUCAUCAUCUCUCUCAUGCUCCGCUGUUGACUGGUUUUAUACGAGAGCUGAAAACAUGGAGCGUCAACAUGAAGUUCAUGGAGGAAAAGUUCAGAGUUCAGCUCGAGCUGCCAGGCUGAGGUUGGACAAUAAAUGCUCUCUGAUCAUCAACAACAUCACUGCUGAGGAUGCUGGACGUUACACCUGUCAGCUUUGGGAUGGAGGACGCUUUGACACAGAUGUGUAUUUAAACAUGAUGAGCAGAGUUCCUGCCAACAGAACCAUCAUCAUCCUUGGAGCAGUGAUCUGUGUUCUCCUGCUGCUGGUGGUUCUUGCUGCUGUUUUUAUCAAACCCAGGAAAACCAGAGUUAAAAAGGAUCACAGCACCACAACAGAAGAUCAAGAUUCAGCCCAUGAGAGUCAUCAUCAUGAUGAGGUGUAUUCCAUUGUGACCUAUGCCACUGUUGACCAUUUUAAGGACAUAAUGUCUAAUAAGAUAAAGGAUGAGGUGUAUUCCAUUGUGACCUAUGCCACUGUUGACCAUUUUAAGGACAGAAUGUCUAAUAAGAUAAAGGUCAAACAGGACAAAGACUCUGUGACUUAUUCUGCUGUCAGGACUAAAAAUAAGACGGAGGUGAACAUCGACCCCAGCAGUCUCUGCAGCAGCAUCGUUAAGACAAAAUGAACCACAUAAGGAAAUAAAACGUCUCUUCACACCUUAUUGAACCAAUUUUCCAGGAAGUGGACCGUUGGGUUUAAGUGUCAGUGAUACUAACACAUUCAUUUAUAGCUGGUGUUGCACCGUUUGCUGUUGCAUUUAAUGAGUGUAAAUACAAUCUGAGCAGAAAUGUACAGUUAGUGAGUUAUAUGAUAGAGCUUUGUUAUAUUUGUGGACUGUAAAUAGUGAAACAAAGAGGUGCAACAUCAA